UGUGUGUGCCGUCUGACUAACCGCCCGGAGUCACUGUGAUCUGAGGUGACAAUCCAGAGAGAACUAUGCGCCUGACAAUGCAGGGACUACAAAAAUCUUAUUAAACAUUCAUUUGGAUUUAACAUUCAUUUGGAUUUAAUGGGGCUACUGGAAAAUUCUAAAACAUGGGGUUUCUUUUGUGCUAUGUAAAAUAUGAAUACAGCAUUUUCCUUAAAUUUUCUGUAGCCUAAUGUUAUUUGCAUUUGGCAGAUAUGGCGAUCAGACAAUAAUGCAAAUGCUUAAAACUUAUUGGAUAUUGAUGGGAACGCAUUCGAAAAAACCCGUUAAAUGGCAACUUCGCUUGUUUCAUGAAUAGGGGAUCAAAGGAGAAACUUUAAUGUAACAUUACAGUGCUCCGUAAGAAUGGCGAUGAAGGUGAACUUGAGUUGCACAGACAGUUUGUCCCGAGAAAACCACUGCCUCGCCGCCAGGAGCACGUCUCCCGGGGUAUCGGCCACCCUCGCCGGCGUGCUCAUCUUCACCACCGUGGCUGAUAUCAUCGGAAAUCUACUUGUCAUCUUGUCCGUGUACAGGAACAAGAAACUGAGGAAUGCAGGUAAUCUUUUUGUGGUGAGUCUUUCUGUUGCUGACCUGGUGGUGGCACUGUACCCUUAUCCCCUGGCUCUGCUAGCUAUCUUUCAUAAUGACUGGACAAUGGGCUCUCUGCACUGCCAGCUAAGUGGGUUUGUUAUGGGAUUGAGUGUGAUCGGCUCAGUCUUCAACAUCACGGCUAUUGCCAUCAACCGCUACUGCUACAUUUGUCACAGUCUUCGCUAUGACUGGCUCUAUUCGUGCCGGAACACCUGUCUAUACUUGCUCCUCACCUGGCUGCUAACUGCUCUAGCCACUGUGCCCAACUUCUUAGUGGGUUCCUUAAGCUACGACCCACGUGUCUUCUCCUGCACAUUCACCCAGACAGCGAGCUCCUCCUACACUGUCUGCAUUGUGCUGAUCCACUUCCUUGUUCCACUGAGCGUGGUUUCUUUUUGCUACCUGCGCAUAUGGACAUUGGUGAUCAGGGUCAAAGGUCGUGUGCGGCCCAGUCCGAGGGUCCGAGCAGCUGACCUGAGAAAUUUUCUGACGAUGUUUGUGGUAUUUGUGCUGUUUGCCGUAUGCUGGGCACCCCUGAACUUCAUUGGGCUCGCCGUGGCCUUGAAUCCUGCAAGAGUGGCAUCAAAUGUCCCAGAGUGGCUGUUUGUUAGCAGCUACUUCAUUGCGUAUUUCAACAGUUGUCUGAAUGCUGUUGUCUACGGAUUGCUCAACCAGAACUUCAGGCAAGAAUAUAAACAGAUUCUCCGUGCUCUCUGCACCCCAAGAGCGCUGUUCACUGAAAGUUACUGAGGCCAUAAACAGCAAACAGUAAACAGCGGCAACCAAUAAUAACGUGAAGGAGGCUAACCUGUAAAAAUGGAGUGAGACACCCUCUUGUCUUUUAGAUUAUUCCCACAAAUUUAGCUAUAAAUGAGUUGAACCAAUCAGGACACAAAAGAUGUGCAAUGAAACACCACAAUAUUAUUAACUUUGCCAUUGAAACUGUGUACAACCUGUAAGACUAGGACAUGCUUAGAGUACUGGUUGUUGUUGGCUGAACAUUUCUUCACAAAUCAACAAUCUUGGAAUAGUUGUCAGCCUUUUUUGAAUAUUUUGUUUCAGUGGACUUGAGAAAGCAAACACAGUAAAUCAGACUAGUGCAGACUGUCAAGUAUAUGUACUUGAGUUCCCAUAGAGAUUGGCUGAUACCGUGGCAACCAACACUGAAUAAGACAUUUUUGAUCCACUGUGUAUCCUUUGUAUACCCUUUGCAUACUCUGUGUAUGCUGUGUAUAUCAGAGUGUUUGUCUGAGUAAUGGGCUGGAAAUGGUUUUUUUUUUUGUUUUGUUUUUUUCUGUAAAAAUAAAGGAAAUUGA